AUGUGUACAGUUGUGUACCAGCCUGGCAAGUCUAUUCGACAUGAGACUAUCUUCUACACUCAGCUCCACGAUCCUCCACAAGACCCUCAAACCUCCUCCCCAAGCCCCGACCAUCCUCCACCCCAAGCCCCAUCAACCUUCUCCACAAGACCCACCAUCCUCCAUAAGCCCCACCAACCUUCUCCCCAAUCCCUUAAUAUCCUCCUCCUUCAACAAUCCUCCUCCCAAACCCCGACCAACCUCCUCCCCAAGCCCCACCAUCCUCCAUCAGCCCCAACAACCACACCUCCAAGCCCCACCAACCUCUUCCCAAAGCCCCCACCAUCUUCCAUAAGCCUCACCAACCUCCUACCCAAGCCCCACCAUUUCCCCUUAAGCCCAACCAACCUCCUCCCCAAGCCGCACCAUCCUCCGCCUUCAACCAUCUUCCUCCCCAAGCCCAACCAACCUCCUCCCCAGGCCCGUAAAAUCCUCCUCCUUCAAACAUCCUGCAUCCCCAGACCAAUCAACCUUCUCCACGAGCCCCUAAAUUCCUCCAUCAGCCCCAAUAACCUCCUCCCAGGCUCCCACCAUCCUCCUCCCCAACCUCCACCAUCCUCCUCCUUCAACCAUCCUCCUUCCCAACCCCACUUACCUCCCCCCUAA